AUGUAUGAUCGAUUCAAGAAUUUUAACUUAAUCUUUAUUCUUGGUGGAUUAUCUGUUUUAAUAUCAGGUCUACUUUGUUUUCCAUUAGCUAAAUUAGCUAAAUGGGAAAAUCGUAAAUCUUAUCAAUCUAAUGAAAAUGAAAUGAAUUAUGAAAAAACUACAGAUCAAAGUUUAUAUCCUAUAAAAUUAUUAAGACGUAUACGUGAUUGGUUUAAUAAACAUUUUCAUUGUUCUAAAACAUCAAAUGAUAUUUAUUAA